GCCAGCGCGCGCGCGCCCCCGCGGAACUCCCGCCGGCGGCUGGGUUCUCCCGGAGGCGCGCCGGAUCGCGGCGGCCGCCAACAUGGCCGAGACGAGCGAGGAGGUGGCGGUGCUGGUGCAGAGGGUGGUGAAGGACAUCACCAACGCCUUCCGCAGGAACCCGCACAUAGAUGAAAUUGGCCUGAUCCCAUGCCCUGAAGCAAAAUAUAACCGGAGUCCUAUAGUCCUGGUUGAGAACAAACUUGGUGUUGAGAGCUGGUGUGUCAAGUUCUUAUUACCAUAUGUCCACAACAAGCUCCUUUUGUACAGAACAAGAAAGCAAUGGCUAAACAAAGAUGAAUUGAUAGAUGUCACCUGCACCCUUCUGCUUCUCAACCCAGACUUCACCACCGCAUGGAAUGUGAGGAAAGAACUCAUCCUUUCUGGCACUUUAAGUCCAAUUAAGGAUCUGCAUCUGGGAAAAUUGGCCUUAACUAAGUUUCCUAAGAGUCCAGAGACAUGGAUUCACAGGCGCUGGGUGCUGCAGCAGUUAUGUCAGGAAACUUCCUUGCCUCCUUCUGUGGCCAAAGGAAACUUAGGACCAGUUCCUGCUGAGAGGACACAGCGAAUAAUACAGGAAGAGAUGGAAGUCUGCAGUGAGGCAGCAGGAAGAUAUCCCAGCAACUAUAAUGCCUGGUCCCAUCGAAUCUGGGUUUUACAGAAUGUGGCCAAGCUGGAUCUCAAGAUCCUUCUUGAUGAGCUGUCGUCUACUAAACACUGGGCAUCCAUGCAUGUUUCAGACCACAGUGGAUUUCACUAUCGCCAGUUUUUGUUAAAGUCUCUGAUUGGCCAGACUGGGACGGACACUUAUGUACUACAGCAAAACUCGUUGAAAAAUGAGCCAAAAGAUGAAGAAGCAUCAGCUUCAACAGAGGAACCAAGGAUAAGUCUUACACAGCUCCUAGAAGAAGAAGUGGAAUUCUGCACAGAUCUUAUUAAUUCCUAUCCAGGACAUGAAACCCUUUGGUGUCAUAGGCGGCAUGUUUUCUACCUUCAACACCACUUAAAUGGCAGGUAUCCUCAAAGCUUGACUCACCUGUCACCCGCAGACUGCUCUGGGGGUGCUUUGAAUGAUGUGCACCUGAUUCCAGCCAGCCCCCAACUAUCUCAGGCAAUGGAAGUGGAUGGACUGAACGACUCUAGCAAACAAGGCUAUUCCCAGGAAACCAAGCGCCUGAAGCGGACCCCAGCUCCAGACUCGCUAGGCCUAGAGAUGGAGCACAGGUUUAUUGAUCAGGUAUUAUCCACUUGUCGGAAUGUAGAGCAAGCCAGGUAUGCCAAUGCAUACAAGAAAUGGCUGGUGACUUUGAGUCAGUAAGAGGGGUAGAUUCAUCCUAAGAAAUUCCCCUUUUAGUGCAAUAUUGCUUUCUUUCUCAAUGCCAUGGUUGCAUGAACUGACUGGCUAACUAUGUAUUCUUCAUCUAUAGCUUAAAAGUCUGUAAGAAAC